ACUUUACCUUUGUUUCGAUAAGUUAGUUGCCGUGCGGGCCCCGUACCUGUUGUGUCGUUACGUUUAUUUUUUUGUCGAUAUUUUGUUCCGCAUGUGUCACGAGACGUAUCGUCGUAUUAUGACAAUUAAACUCAGCGUAUUUCAUCACACAUAACCUUUCCCUUGGAAACUUGUUUACAUAAUUGUCGGAGACAAUAGUUUUACGAAAAAUAAUAUUUUUUGUUUCUUUCGUUACGCGGAAAAUUUGGUCGAUAUAAAUUUAUACGAACGAUGAUAAUUGGCUGAUUAUGACUUACCGAAAUUCGAAUAAUACGUUACGAAGAUUCGGUGUGAGCUAUCAAAUUGUUGGCACUUCUGUCAGGUGAUUUUCGACGUGAUUGUUUACGAUGGUGGACAUCGAGGAGAUAUUGUUCUAUUUCUACAUAACCUGGGGCGUGACAUCGGCGAUUCUAUUGGCUCUGUUUAUUCUCAUUUGUGUACUUUUCGUCAAAGUCAAUCUGCUCUCCGCAGACGGCUCCAAUCAACUGAGCAGACAGGCGAACAUGAUGGCUGACUUUUGUUACACGAAUCCGACGAUCGUACCAGGCGAGGAGCUGUCGAGACGAGGCUUCUCUAUGUACAGAGGUGUGGAUCACAGCUCGAAUAUGUUCGGGUUACAAAAACAAGAUUACACGGUCUAUCAAGAGGGACGCUCGAAAUUCUGACCCCCGAAGAAAUUGCACUUUGAUCUUGAGACCAUAAGUACCAAAUACAAAGAAUUUUACGUUUAAUGCGUAUCACCAAACAUUCAAAUACGUAUUGUCUAUGUAAUUUAAAAUAUUAUAAAUAUAAUAUAUUUGUUCAUUUGAUAAAAAAGCAGAAAAUAUAAAUUAUCAACCAUUUAUGUAUUAUUUACAUAGAAUAGUCUUAAAUAACUGAAACUCGAAUGUUUCAAAACUACGCGACGUAAUGUUAGUUGUUAAAAAUUUCCAAUAAUCGGACCAAUGUCACGAUCGAUCGGAUCGUAGCACUGAACGCAACCGCAGACGCAAACACAUCAACGAAAUUUCACUUGCAAGGGAUGCCAAUAUUAAAAAAAAAUUUUUUCGAUAAACAUUUUUCAUCUCAAGGCUUCAUUGUUCGUGAGAUUUUUUCCGGGUGAUAGAUUCACUCGUGUAUGUUUCCUACCAAAGUCACGAAAGCCGAGUCAAUAUUUUUUAUUUAAUGUGUAUAAAAUCGUACUUAACUGUCACAAUACUGUAGUGAAUAAAGCGAGUAUGAAGAUUCCUCA